AAGCGGAUGUGGAACAAAAGCCGCUCGAAGAGUUGGAGAACAGGCAGGAGAGCUGCUGCAUGUGAGCGCCACACCGCAGGGUUAAGAUCCCAGACUGAGUGCGGAGGGGAAACUCCUGGGAGGCGGAUGAAGAAACAGCUUUUGCUUCGCUUCACUUACAGAGGACUCGUGAGAAAAGGGAAAAAGAGUAAAAGAAGAAAAUGGCCAAUUUUAACUUGCGUAAAGCGGAGCCCAAAGACGUGCCUGACAUACUGCGACUCAUAAAGGAACUUGCCCGAUACGAGGAAAUGGAAGACCAAGUAAAGUUGACGGAGAAAGAUCUGCUUGAGGAUGGGUUUGGAGAUCACCCCUUCUACCACUGUGUGGUGGCAGAAGUCCCCACCGAGCAUCAGAAAGCCGAGGGUUAUUCUGUGAUAGGCUUCGCCAUGUACUACUUCACAUAUGACCCAUGGAUUGGAAAGCUGCUCUAUCUUGAGGACUUCUUUGUCAUGAAAGAAUACAGGGGUUUUGGAAUUGGGUCUGAAAUCCUGAAAAAGCUCAGUGAAACAGCAGUGAAGACUCGCUGCAGCAGCAUGCACUUCAUCGUGGCUGAGUCCAACCAAGCUUCUAUCAACUUCUACAAGCGGCGUGGGGCCUUAGACCUGUCUCUGGAGGAGGGCUGGCGUCUCUUCAGGAUCGACAAGCAGAAUCUGCUUAAACUGUCUGCCGAGGAGUGAGCUGGCCCGGUACACUGGAGUCCACAGAGGGGCUGAGGGGACCUGACAUACCCACGUGUCUCAGUCCAAAACAUUUUCAUUCACCAAACUAACGAACAACUAUUACAGUAAUUUAAGUAUAGCUAGCACUUUGAAUUUGACUGAAUAUAAUCUUAGUGUAUUUUGUAGUGCUCUGUAAUUAUCUACUUAAUUACUUCAAUCUCUUGUCAACUAAUGUAUGUUUUAAACAUUAAAAAAAAAGAUGGGGGGGAAAAAGCAUGUGUGUGCUUUCAUUAGGUGGCAUAUAUAAGGGCAGUAUGGGAGGUCAUUGUUGGCUUCAAAGUUGAUCUAUUAGAGAAAUAGUUCAUAAUCAGCCAACUGAACUCGGUAUUUCAAAACAUAUGGACAGUUACUUUCUUUACUUAGUGUUUCGAGCCUCACUGAUAUAUUGGUUGACCAAUAAUAUCAGCUGAUAUUGAGGUACCACAGACAUGGCAAAAAUCCUGAUGAAAGCAGCAAUGUUUAGUGGUUUGUUUUGUACUGCAAUGAACAAAUACCUCUGUUAACUUUAUAAAGACUGCUUAACUGACAGUCA